GGCGCUUGCGGCCGCGCGGGUUCCCGCCAAACGGCGGCGGCUUUGGCGCGCGCGGCAACGGGCGCACGUGUCGGCGCGCCGGCACCGGGAUCGGCACCGGGAUCGGCACCGGGAUCGGCACCGGGAUCGGCACCAGCAUGGCCCAGCUCCGCCUCACUGACUUCUUUGGCCGCACCAAAGCUGCCACCGGAGCCCCGGCCAAGAGCGGCGGCGGCAGUCGGCUAAAGGCGGCCAUUACCGGCCCCCAGGUGCACCGAGAGGCGGAGAAUGAGGAGGAGGGUGCCUUGCUGGGGCUCCCCGCUGCUCUCCGUACCCCGGCCCGCGGUGACUCGCCGGCGCUGCGGGGAUUGGCGGGGAGAAAACGGAGCCGCCGGGAGAUGGAACCGGAGUCGCCGCCUGUGGCAGGGGGAGCUCGAUCUGGGGGACCGGUAGCGAAAUCGGCGCGGAAGAGGCUGGAGAUGCACCGGGAGGCGAGAGCGGAGCUGCUGGCUGUAGACACCAGCCCCUCAUCUCUGACCACUGCCUGUCCUAUGAUGUCACCCUCACUGGAACUGGCAGCAGACCCCCCAGCUAGCACUCCCAGCCGGGGGCAGGAUGGAGGGACACAACCUGGCACAGCUGCCCCAGGGACAACCAGGCGCCUGCAGCGGGAGGAGCUGGCUGGGCUGCAGAGUCGCUUGCAGAAGGUGAAGGCACUGGCCCAGUUGGCCAAGUUGGCACCAGUUCCUGCUGGGGUCAACACUGAGUUGCAGAGCCGCCUGGAGCGAGUGCGGCAGCUGGAGCAGCGGAUCCGUGAGAAGAAAGCGGGAGGCAAAGCCACACCAGAACAACCAUCUGGGGACGCCACAGUGGCAGCUCCUGCAGCAGAGGCUGGCAGCGAGAAGGUCCCUGCGUACCAGCGGUUCCACACCCUCGCUCAGGACGUGCCCCCAGGGCUCACGCUGCCCUACAAGUUCAAGGUGCUGGCAGAGAUGUUCCGCAGCGUGGACACCAUCGCUGGGAUGCUCUUCAACCGUUCCGAGACCAUCACCUUCACCAAGGUCAAGCAGGGGGUGCAGGACAUGAUGCACAAGCGGUUUGAGGAGCGGCAUGUGGGGCAGAUCAAGGCUGUGUACCCCACCUCGUACAAGCUGCGCCAGGAGAAGAACGUCCCCACGUUUGGCAGUGGCAUCAAGAAGUCAGACUACCAGCUGACGCUGGAGCCAGUGCUGGAGGAAGAGGAGAAGGUGAACGGCCGCCCGCACUUGUCGGCAUCGCGCUUGCUGGAGCGCAGGAAGGAGUUCCACCGCAACCUGGUCAACAUCGUCAAGCAGCACCACAAGGCAUUCCUGGCCACUCUCAACCCUCCCAUGGUGGUUCCAGAGGAGAAGCUGACCCGCUGGCAUCCCCGUUUCAACGUGGACAAGGUGCCUGACAUCAGCCCAGCAGAGCUGCCGCGUCCACCCCAAGAAGACAGGCUGAGCACGGCUCAGGAGGUGCUGAGCACUGCUCGGGGCAUGCUGAACCCCAAGAUGGAAAAAGCUCUUGCCAACCUGGCCUUGAGAACCGCUGAAGCCAGUGCGGGGGAACCGGUGGUUGCCAAAGCACCGUCCCCUGCCAGCACCUCCAGUGCUCUCAGAGGGGUGUCCCAGGCCCUGCUCGAGAGGAUCCGCGCGAAGGAGGCAGAGAGGCUGCGGGCGCUGAUGACCCGCGCCCCGCGGCAGGAGGAGCGCCUCGCCAUGCUGGGCCGGCUGCCGGCCAUGGCCCGCGUCCUGCGCAACGUCUUCGUGGCCGAGAAGAAGCAGGCCCUGACCAUGGAGGUGACUUGUGCCCGCAUGGCUGACAGCUACAACGUCCAGAUGUCUCCUGGUGAGAUGGAGAAACACUUGAGGCUCUUUGCAGAGCUGCUGCCAGACUGGGUGGGGAUCCAUGCGAUCAGGACGGACACCUACAUCAAGCUGGACAAAGGGAAGGACCUUGGCCUCAUCACCGAGAGGCUUACCAAGGUGGCCAAGGAGGAAGAAACUCUCUGAGCACCACCCCAAGGGUCGAGGCUUCCCCAGUGCAGUCUCCUCUAAAUGUAGCAAAUUCAGAUAGUGCUCCUGGGGCUGGUGUGGGCUCAUCCUUGGGGAUGUCUGAAGAAGAGUAAAAUGUCUUUAAUAAAUCCCUUUGCCAGGGUCCCUGAGGAGGGUAGCUCCCAUAACCCUUGUGCUGAAGGCCACAUAGUCCUGGAGUGAGGAUACAGGUGGUGUAGAGGAGUUAGAAGCUUUUCUGCUCAAUGCCUUCUCCUUGGGGUUUCAUGCAGGAGGUUUCUCCUUGAGGUUUCAUGGAGGCAGGUUUGAUGUGGGAGGCUCCUCACGUUUUCACGGAGGCUUCUCCCCAAGGUUCCAUGCAGGAAGCCUCAGAUUCAUGAAGGGAAGGACCUCCUCGAGGUUUCAUAGAGGCUUCUCCUUGUGGUUUCAAGCAGGUCUCUCCCAUUAACUUGGGCCCUGGUGGGGUGGAAGCAGGAAGUAGGUAGAGAAGUUCACAACUGGAUGUUUUUUGGAGCUCUGGGCUGUAGUUCUGUGUUUUAGGGGAAGGGAAAAGUCAUCUCCAGUGCUGUUGGGAUGCAACUGCAGGACUUGUCAAAACACAUUUGCAUUAAAUGUUUUAACUAGA